CUAUUGUCAGCCAAUAUAUAUAGUAUGCCAUACGGGUUUCUUGUAUAUAUACCAAACAAGUUGUCUCCAAGCCUGUCAACGGACCAAAACAUAGAUCAUUCUUAGCCAGUGACCAUCUCCACUAGAACUACUACCCGUAAUCGAUAUCUCUAGCACUUUUAUUGGAGUAUGUGUCACCAUCGCAAGACUAUCUACAAAUGCAACCACACCGACGUCGACCCGCCGGCCCUGCGGGCCUGCGAGACGCAGCAUAACCACGAGACAGGCCUAAGUUCGGAGCCAUGCAAUGUCAUCGAGAGAUGGAGUAACGUCAAAGUCCCUCGUCUCUGUCCAUCUUGCCGCGAGACGAAGUCCCAUGGGAAGUGCGUUUCGCAUAUGGAUGAGGCUGGCUUGAAAACCGAGGAGAGACAGGAUGAUAAUGCCUCCCCGGAAUCGAAAGAGAUGGCAGCCGCAGAGCCGGAAAGUGCCGGAAUUGCGCCUGGAGAACCGACGCAGACAGUCGAUCCCGUUGAGGAGUUCCUGAGGAAGAAGAAAGAGGAGAAUGACGCUCACCUGAUGAUGAUUUCUGAUUAUAGGUAGGUUAGCGUUGGGCAUAUUCUGAUAGUAUCUCCUUCAUUGUUAUACCUUUAAGAGAAACAUGUAUAGAAUA